GUUUGUUCAUGUCAACAAUAACUCUUCUGAGCAUACUAAAGUUAAUCAUGGAGUUCCUCAGGGUUCUGUCUUAGGACCGAUACUUUUCACAUUAUACAUGCUUCCUUUAGGCAAUAUUAUUAGGAAGCAUUGUAUUAACUUCCAUUGUUAUGCAGAUGACACACAAUUGUAUUUAUCUAUGAAGCCAGAUGAAACUGAUCAGUUAGCUAGACUGCAAGAUUGUCUUAAGGACAUUAAAACCUGGAUGACUUUUAACUUCCUACUGCUAAAUUCAGACAAAACUGAAGUCAUUGUAUUUGGCCCCAAACAUCUUAGAAACUCGCUUUCAAAGCAAAUAGUUACUCUGGAUGGCAUCACAUUGGCCUCCAGUACUACUGUGAGGAAUCUUGGAGUUAUUUUUGACCAGGACAUGUCCUUUAACUCACACAUAAAGCAAGUCUGUAGGACUUCCUUUUUUCACCUGCGUAAUAUUGUAAAAAUCAGGAACAUUCUGUCUCAGAGUGAUGCAGAAAAAUUAGUUCAUGCUUUUGUUACUUCCAGGCUUGACUAUUGCAAUUCCUUAUUAUCGGGUUGUCCAAAUAGUUCUCUCAAACAUCUGCAGUUGAUCCAAAACGCUGCUGCGAGAGUACUGACAGGAGUUAGCAAAAGAGAUCAUAUUUCCCCUAUACUUGCUUCUCUUCACUGGCUUCCUGUUAAAUCCAGAAUAGAAUUUAAAAUCCUUCUUCUGACAUAUAAAGCUCUUAAUAACCAAUCUCCAUCAUAUCUUAAAGAUCUGAUAGUACCUUAUUAUCCUAGUAGAACUCUUCGCUCUCAAACUGCAGGCUUACUUGUUGCUCCUAGAAUUUCUAAAAGUAGAAUGGGAGGCAGAGCCUUCAGUUAUCAGCUCCUCUCCUGUGGAACCUGCUCCCAGUUUGGGUUCUGGAGGCAGACACCCUCUCUAUUUUUAAGACCAGGCUUAAAACGUUCCUUUUUGACAAAUCUUAUAGUUGGGGCUGACUGGGUGACCCACAGGGGUUCGGCUUGUGUCUUCAUUGCACAGCUGACUCCUUCUUGGACGUCCCUUCGUUCUGCCUCUAGUCAUGCUGCUAUAGGCCUAUAGGCUGCUGGGGGACUUUUCUUGAUGCACUGAGCCCUUCUCUAUCUACCUUUACAUUUAAUAUGUAUACCGUUAUUGCAGUACAUUCACUCUGUUUCCCCCUGUGCUAUUUCUCCGAGUGUCCCUGGUCCCAGAGCUGGAUUCUUCAGAUCUGUGGUUGAUGUUCCACCAGCUGGUCCAGUCUCCACCAUGUCCACUGUGGGAUGCUGCUGCUGACCUUCCUCCAGCCCUCUGCUUCCAACUCCCUUUUUCCACCAGUCAACUCUGCAUUGCCUUCACUAUACUGUUAUGCUAACUUACAUACUGUUUGAAUUUUACUGCUAGCUAUAUAUGGAGUAUGUUUAAUGUCAGAGCCGUACAUCAUAAGAGUAAACUAUGAGUCAGUUUUCAAUGUUAGCUUAUACUUUGUCUGUGUCACAUAUCCUGUCAUGCAUGUAUCCAAAUGUGUGUUGUGUUUUCCUUGCUUUCCCACCCCUCCCUCUUCUCCCAUCCCUCCCCCUUGCCCUCUUCUGUCCUUCUCAACCCCCCCGGCCAGCAGGCAGAUGGGUCCCCCCUAUAUAGAGCCGGGUUCUGCUCGAGGUUUCUUCCCUGUUAAAAGGGUGUUUUCCUGCCACUGUCGCCUUUGGGCUUGCUCUGGGGGUCAGGCAUUUGGGUUCUGUAAAGCGUCUUGAGACGAGUUGACUGUAAUUGACGCUAUAUAAAUAAAAUUGAAUUGAAUUGAA